CUUCACGGGCUGCUGACAGGACAACAGGUGAGCUCUAACGUUAGUUCAUCUCAGAAAGGUUGACAGAGCUCGAGACGUAAGGUUAUCCGCGAGGUGACGAUGGGAGGACGCUGACAGAAGGAAAAUCCAGACGAUCCCUUUUGCAAUUUGCAGGAGGAUGGGACGUCCUGUGGUGCUUUUGUUUCCUGUGAGAGGAAAACUUCAAUCACUCCAACGCUGCGUCCUCAUUGGUCAGUGUCACGAUUCAUGAAACCACUCAAGGUGUCCUCCCAUUGGUCUUUCACUGCGCUGGGAAGACUUCUUAGCCAAUCGACAUCCUUCAGGAUUUCUACUUCAGUUGGGACGGAGCACAACAAGACGGACAGAGAGCGAGAGAGGGGAGAUUGAGGCUCACCACAGCUGGAUCCAGGAUUGUGCGCGAGGAGUGUUUGUCUUUGACAGCGGUGUCCAACAUGGAGGUCCCCAGGAGGCCUCAGCCCUCCUCCUUCACCCUGGCUCUCCCCAAACCGGCCUCGUCCGCUCCGUCGCCCCUCGGCGCCGUGGAGGCGGACCCGAGGAUGCAGCAACUCCAGGAACGGAACGACUCCGUCGGAGAGGAGACCUUCGGCGAGGAGGAGGAGCUCGACGUCUACGAGGAGGCCCCUGGGCCACUAAACGUGUCGCAGGGCGGCUGCUCGGAGGAGCGGUCGGCGGAGGAUGCCGAAGAGGCCCAGAAGAAGUGUGACGAGGAGGACGCGUCGGCUAAAGAGAGGGCCGCCCAGAGGCAGAUGCUGGCCAUAGAGGAGCUGGUCCAGUCUGAGAGGAAUUACCUUCGACUGAUGCAACUGAGCACCGUCACCAUCAGGGGCAACCUGCAGAAACUACAGCCUCCUCCGGCCAACCUGGACAGCAUGUUCGUCUACACCCAGGACGUGAUGGACGUGUCGAGGCGGCUGCUCGGUCUGCUGGACCAGAAACAGGUUCUGCCCGAAGAGCCUCUCUUCCUGGAGACACUGUGCGACUCGUUCCUCAGCCUCUCCUCAGACAUCGAGGCGGCCUACAAGGAAUACCUGUCCAACUACAGCCAGGUGACGGUGCUGGAGGACAGCUACAAGCAGAAGGAGGCGCUCUGGAACGACAUCAUCAGAGUCGUCAAGACCUCGGCGCCCGAGGUGAACGCCACCUCUCUGAGCUUCUUCCUGGUGAUGCCGGUGCAGCGGAUCGCCCGCUACCCCCUCCUCCUGCAGACCAUCCAGAAGCACACGGACAGGAGCCACCCGGCCUACGCACUCCUGGAGCGGACCGCUCACACCUCCAUCGCGCUCAACUGUCGCAUCAACGAGUACAAGCGCUUCAGAGAAGUCGCUGACAAAUACAAGAAGACGGAAACCCUGACCAUCAAGGACAAGAUCAACCGCCUCAACACCCACAGCAUCGCCAAGAAGACGGCGAGGCUCAGCCAGCACAUCAAACACGAGACCGGAAUUGCACCCAAGCGGGUGGACGAGGAAUUUGGCGCUCUGGAAGGUUUCUUUUAUGUUCUGGAGCAGGGCAUCCUGAAGCUCCUGGAGAACGUGGAGACGUACCUGCAGCACCUACAGAGGUUCCUGUCCUGCAAGACGGAGGAGUUUGACUUGGACAUGGACGGAGAGAAGGCCCCAAUCUGUUACAAGGAGAUCACCACCGCUCUCAGACAGUGGAUUCUUCCAACAUUCGAGAAGAGGAUGAGGACGUUGAUGCACAAGCCGCUGUGUGCCCUCCGUGACCUCAUGGUGGGCCCGAGGAACCUGAUCCGGAAAAGGCUGGACAAGCUGCUCGACUACGAGUUGAUAGAAGCCAAAUCCAGCCUGAGCUACGAGGAGCAGGCCGUGGCCAACACCUACAAGACAAUGAACACGUUGCUGCUCAACGAGCUUCCCCGCUUCAACGGCCUGGCGCUGCAGAUGAUCUGGAGCAUGCUGGGAACCUUCAGCUGUCUGCACAGCGACCUCGCCUCCGAUAUGGAGCAGCUGUUUCAGAGCUUCGCGCAGCAGCUCCCUCACAGCUCUCUCAGCCACGGUGCAUUCUGGGAGUGGGCGGAGUCCGCCGUGCUGGAGAGUGCGGGGAGGCUGGAGACUCUGUGUCGUGGUGUGGUGAACACGCUCAACGCUCCAGUAGUCCAGCCUUUGAGUCCUUCCUCUCAGCGCCGCCUGAAGCAGCUGAUGGACAAGCAUGGCUCUGGGAAGAUCUACCAGGUGAUGGAGACGGUGGUGGGCACCCGGGACCUGGACCUCAACCUGGCCAGAGGCGAGCUGGUGGCCAUCAUCAGUGAGGUGGACACCCGCGGAGACAAACGGAGGUGGCUGGUGGACGCAGGAGGCAGACGAGGUUACGCUCCGUCCUCGAAGCUGAUUCGCUAUCACCAGCCGUCAGAAGACCCGCCCCCUUCGCCGAACCCCAUCCUGCCUGAUGGAAUCAGACGGCAUUCCUACAGCCCAGAGAGCCGUCUGCUGACGGUCAGGAGCCAGCCCUGCUUCCAGGUGCUGGCGGCCUACAACUUUGCGGCGAGAGGAAACCAUGAAGUCUCAAUCCGGGCCGGCGAGCCGGUUCGCGUCCUUGAGCCACACGACAAGCGAGGGAACCCCGAGUGGAGCCUGGUGGAGGCCGCAGGGGGCAAGAGGGGCUACGUGCCCUCCAACUACCUCAUCGUGACGCCUCUGGGGGCCGGCUCCCUUGGCUCCUCCCACCGAUAGUUCGGCGGGAAAAAGGACGCGCGGCGAGCACCACGCCGAGUUCACAGUUUGAAACCGUAGCGCGGCUACAAUGUGACCAUCGGUUAGAUAGAAUAGUUUUUAUGUGAAGUUUUUAAAAACAGAAGGAAAGUAGAAGUCAUGUUUUAUUGAUGGCUCUGAAUCACGAAGUGGCCUCAAAGGGGAUUUGAAGAGUUUUUGUCAAAUGACGCAAUGUUUACAAGUUCGGUCCGUUUCUCUUCGUUUUCACAAAGCGCAAAGACACAUGAAGACAAACGGAAAGGCGUAGAUGCAAACAACGACUGAUACUUUAGUGUUGUCCAUCUGCACAGAGACGGGUCCAAACUCCAAAUGUUUAAAUGCAUUAACCACAGACGUAUAAACGGUUUGUACAGCAACGCAGCUGCUGUGUUUACACGACCCGCCAAUCCGAACUCCACUCACAGAAGAACCCCCCCCAAAGCUUUGCUUGACGAACAUGGAAGUGCGAGGAAUCAUGACUGCAGCUACAGCCCCUGGUGCUGGUGGUUACGAGGCGCUUGCUCAUGAGCACUGGGGCAGGACACAUGCUUGCUCUGCAUCUGGAGGCUGAAAGAAAACUCUCCCAUCGUGUCGGGCGACCUGCAAUAGAGGAGAUAUCCCAUCAUCCUCUGGGACAAACGAGUACAGCAGCAUGCGUGAUCUCAUUAGUCUGUAUUUUAGUGAGCUCAAGGCAACACUUGGACACGAGAGAGAGAGAGAGGGGGGGGAGGGAGAGAGAGAGAGAGGGAGGGGUCUCCUGUCCUCACCUGAAGGUUGGAACAGAGCGGCAUUGAGACUGACGGCUCAUCAUCUCAGGCUGUAAAGUACAUGUGCGAUGUCUCCGGGGCUUAGCAUGAGAGGGGGAGGGAGGCGCAGGGAGGGAGGCGCAGGGAGGGAGGCGCAGGGAGGAAUUCAUGCGGAGAGAAGAAGCGGAUGUGAGAGGAGAACUUUCCAUCCCUCCUGCAUCCGUGUGAAGGUUUCUCUUUCUUCUCUCGGCUCCAGUCUAUUGAUCAAACGAUCGAAAAUAUCAUUGAGAAGGCCUGAAGCAACUCCUUUCCGUAUUCAUAGGCAUCUGAUGACGUACGUUGCUAUGGAUACGGUUCAAAUGGGACGGACUGUGGAGUUAAGUUGUUUUUGUCGCCUUAGAAAAUAUUGUGCAAUGCGAGUGCUUUUUUGGAACAGAAACAUUUCUCUCGACAUCCCGAGACAAUCAUCGUUAUCUUUAACUCAAAUCAUUUCUCCAUUGAUUUAAUAUGUAUGGAGCAGUCAUUCUAUUUGACUUCUGGCCAAAAAUGUUCUUUCAGGGGGUCCUGAGAACGACGCAGAGGCAUAAUAAUAAAUCCUCUGUCCACUGGUGAGGGUGUUUCCUUCCUGACCUGAUAUGACCAGGGCAGGGCGCCCUUAUGAGACUAAAACAAAAUUGGAUUAAAUCAAAAGGGAACAGCCUUUGCAGCAAAACUAAAACCCACUUAAAAGAAACACACACAACAGGCGUCUACAAAUACUUUCCGUCGUCAGCCACUAAAUUGGUAUUUAAGACAAAGACACAGUGAACUAAUACAGGACGGUGUCAAAAUGAAGAAUGUCCCUGCUUUAAGAGAAUCAUUUGAAUAAUCCUUCAAGGACGAUGCGCCUUUUUCAAACUGUACAUUUGUAAAUAACCUUUUAUUAAUGUCGUCCAUGGGGGCAGGUAUGUCUCCUUGACGGCUGACGGAACGCUGCUGACAUUAUUUUUUGCAUAAACUGGAGCUUUCGUUUCCUCCUCCGCCGCGUAGCGCAGCAUCGUCUGGGGAGGAGGUGACUCGCAGGGAGGGGGCCGCGCAGCUGGAGCUUAGCUGUCCCAUCCGUCUGAAUGUCAGGACGGAGCAGAGUGUGUGUGUGUGUGUGAGAGAGAGAGAGAGAGUGAGAGAUGUCACCAAAAUACCAAAUGUCCUCCAGGCUUUAGCAAGCGGAGGAACGAGUAAAGAAAAUCCCCCGACACGACCACAUUUUACCUGCUUUCCCGGCUUCAAAUGCCACUUUAGGGCGGAAAGAGCAAUUUGGCAUUUGGUGUCGUUUAAAAAUAGCAUCAAUACCUGCAUUUUUAGCCCAAAUCCUGAAGUUCGCCCACACCGGUUCCCAAGACAAAAAGAUAAUAUUUGCCGUUGGUCAUUGGAGAAAAUCUUCUCUGUGGGGAAACGAUACUUUUCUUUCAGGAAGAAGAAAACCAACACCAAUUUUAACAUUUCUGAUCACUAAAGUAACUAAACACCUAUUUUAAGACAGGGUUUAUUUCUGGCAUAUUUUACAUUGUUGAACAAACCGAUAAGACUUUAUGCUUUUUAACGCAGCCUUCAUUUUGGCCAUCUACUCAAAAACUCCAAAAUCCCUGCUGACUGAAGUGUUAAGACGCUGACUCAUCUCACGCGGCACUCUUCGGCAUUUUCAAAUCCCACUGAUGACGGAAAAAGUGGGAAAAAACUGCUGUUUAGUAAUGCGUCCAUGACCAUGUCAUGUAACCAUGACCAGGUCAUGGUUACAUGACCUGGUCAUGGUUACAUGAUGUGUGUUCUGAGGUGUUCUGAGGUCAGGUGUACAGGCGUAGUGUGGGCGUGCACCACUAGAGGGAGCAGCAGGCCUGUUGGGAGGCAGUUUAAGCUGCUUUUCCUCGUCAGUAUUAGAGCUGCACAUUCUGUUCAUGUGUGAUGUAUUUAACUGUUUUUUUGUUUUGUUUUUUAUUAACCUGCAGUGAAAGCAGCAUGUGAAGUGUCUGCUGGUUAUCUGUACAGCAUUUCUGCUCAUAAUAAUCUGUUUAAUUACUAACUUGUUUUUAACUUAUUUUAACGCCUCAAGGCAGCCUGAGCGUGAAGUGUGGCGUCUUUUGAAGUUUUGCCAAAGUUAGAACACACACACAUACGCACACACACACACGCACGUGCGCAGCUGAUGGGAGUGUCCAUGGUGCAGCACUUGUCAGGGCAGCUGUGAACUGAAUGUUUGGCUUCAAUAAAACUAAACAGAAACCUGCUCUGUUUGCUGAUGUCGACUCACGUCACCAUUCUACAUAUUUGGAAGUUAACAAUGCCCUGCACCAAUAUAAAUAUCAGGGUUUUUUAAUUGCAAUUUAACUACUGAUUCAAAAAGUCUGAGAGAUCUGCCUUGAUGUCUUGCUUUUGCUGUUUGAUUUUGUCCUAAAACCUGAAGUGUGUCCCAAGGCGAUCGUGGAUCAGGCCACCUCAGGGAGCGUGUUAGCGUUCCGCAUGUUUAAAACUAUUACAGCACACCUUUUUAUGACUGAUCAUUAAAAAAAGUACCUAAACCGCA